CAUUUUUAGGUGGCCUUUUACACCAGUUUCAUUGCAUUACCAAAAUAAUCAAAAAAUAAGGUUAGGGUAUAAAUUUUUUAAACAUCUUGUUACAUUUUUAAUACUCUCAUACAAUGUUCAAAAAGCCAGUAAAAGUGAAGAGCAACACCCAAUCCAAAGGAACUGAAAGGAAACACUUCAAAGAGUUGCUUCUAAAAUCCUUCCCCAAUUUAACAGAAAGCGAUUUUAACGAAUUAUUGCCAAAAAAAGAAGCCCUGAACGUUCUAAAAGUAGUCACGCACAAUGAAGCGACAAUAAUUGUUUACUCCAUCCAGAAAAGGCCGAUGGUUUUUGAAUAUGAAAAAAGGUUCUAUCCAACGGUAUUUUUGUUGUGGAAAUUUCCUAAUAUUAUAUACGCUUUUACCACGCACCAGCAAGUCAUGGGUUUCAUUACGUCUGGUGCUGAUCUCAUGUCACCAGGGGUUGUUACCCCUCCUUCUCACACGAAUUUACCUAAGUACGGUACUGUCCAGCAAUUCGAUACGGUUUACGUGAAUUUAACCACAAACAAGGCUGCUGUAGCUGUAGGCGUUGCUAGUCAAGGUUCCAAUGCUAUGACUAGGGAGAAUUCGCGAGGGAAAUGUGUUAAUAUAUAUCAUUUUUACGGUGAUCAUUUGUGCACUUUGGAAGGAAUGCCUAAUUUACCUUUGGCCAAUUUGGGCCCUCCUGAUUGGUUGUCUAUCAAAAGCUACGAGGAGGAUUUCCCUGCUUUAGGUGGUUCCCCAAAGAAAGAGAAUAUUCAAGUUGAAACCGAUUUAAAUUUGGAAAGUACUAACGAUGAUUUAGAUGUAGUAGAAACUAAUGAAGAAGCAAACACUGAGGAUAAUACCGAAGAAACUGUUAAAGAUUCGGUCGAAGAGAUGGACGAGUUGCUGUUGUUCUGUUUUUUAGGCGCUGUAAAAUAUUCCAAAUCCUUAUCGUUACCUGUAUUAACUUCUAACUUUUUUAAACUCAACAUGUUGGCUAUUUGCCCCGAAGACAAGACGUUAGACAUUAAAAAAACGUCGUAUAAAAAGCUAAAACCUUUUUUGAAGAAGAUGUGUGAGGAAGGGAUUGUAACAGUUAAAGAAAUCAAAUCGGGCGUCGAAGCUAUAACAGCUAUAAAUCGAGAUCAUCCAAAAUUGCAAGCCUUUUACUUGUCGCCCACGGAGAGACUUAAAAAAGAUACAGGCGAAAAUGAGAAUAAACAGUCUACGAAUGUAACAGAAUCUUAUGUGAUUACCGAAGCUGUUGUGCAGCUUUUUGAAGGCCACAGCAAAGGAGAAACUUUAGAAAUGCCUGAAAUACGAAAAUGUGUCACAAAAUACAUAAAAGAAAACAAUCUCCAAGAUGAGGCUAACGAGAAGUACGUAAAGCCUAAAAACAAGCUAGCGAAAAUUUGCAAAACCGAACACCCCAUAGCUUGGGAAGAAGUUAUCGAGAAAGUUUGUGCAGCUAUGAAGAAUUGCUACAAAGUCAAAUCCGGUCACGAAGAAAUCUUAGGCAAAGGCAAAGUUUCACCCAUAGCACUAUCAGUAUCAGUUCGAUCCGGAAACAAAAAGGUGACUUUGGUGGAUAAUCUGGAAUUGUUCGGAAUCCGUAUCAACGAAUUCGCUAAAGAAUGCCAGCACGGCGUUGCCGCUAGUACUAGUAUUAGCAGACCUCCAGGAAAGAAGUGCGAUCAGUUGUUAGUACAAGGAAAUCAAGUUUUAUUCAUCUACAAUUUAUUAAUAGAAAAGUACAAAGUGCCAAAAAUGUACGUCAAAGGACUGGAGAACGCGCCGAAAAAGAAAAAAUAACUUUGUACAUAUUUUAUUUUAAAUAAAACUGACGAGCUUCGUUUCA